UUAGAAUUUUUUUUUGUUUUCAUUUUUGAGCAUAACAUUUUUGAUUUAUUUUUCAUUUUUUCGCCAAUUUCUUUAUCACGGCCAAAAGAAAUGGCUUCAACAGCAUUGGAUUCAUUGGAAACAACAUUGGAAGGUUUAGUGGAAAAUUUUCGUCAACUUGGUAUCAUUGUUAGCGAUUUUCAGCCACAAGGACAAACGGCAUUGAAUAAUAAACUAAAUCAAAUCAUUAGCCUAUUGAAAGAUAUUGAACGUGUCAAAAAUCAGGUGAAUGAUAUACAGGUUCCAUUGGAUGUAUUCGACUACAUUGACGAAGGCCGGAAUCCACAUUCGUAUACGAAAGAUUGUAUGGAAAGAUCAUUGGCCAAAAAUGAACUAGUCAAAGGCAAAAUUGAUGAAUAUCGUAGAUUUAAAGCACUUUUGCUAUUGGAAUUAUCACAGGAAUUUCCCAAUGAAAUGUCCAAAUAUCGUGCUGUACGUGGUGAUGAACGAAUGUCAUAGAAUAUGUUCAUAUGUUUUUGAUUCAUGUGAUUUAUAUUAAUUAUUUCAUCACAUAUAUCUCAUUUUGCUUAAUCUGAUUCUGACUAUUUUCAUUAUCAUCAUGUAAUCAUUAUUAUGGAAUGUAAUUUUUCAAUAUUUCAAUAAACGAAACAAACAUUUA